UAAUUUUUGAAACACCGCAACUUCUAAAUUUAUCCACCCAUCAAAAACUCCUUUCUUCCGACUAUUCUUCUCAAAAUGAUGCGUGCAAGUACAGUAUAAUAAUUUCAACAAAUUAAGCCAACUGGUAUUUCAUGUUAAACCAGUCCUGAAAAUCAGGCUACGGUACCAGCAACAGCAGCAGUAUCAGCAUCAGCAUGCCUGCAGUUGCCACCACUGUAACCCCAACUCCUAAACUAAGCAAUUCCUGUUAUUUCCACGGCAGCCCACGAUGGGAUUCUUCUUGUCGUGCCCAUAUCUUCGUCCCCAAAGCAUCUGCAGGAAAUUCUGGGAAAGGCAACAAAGGUAGCAAAAACAAGAAAACUAACACUGCCACUCCACCUGAUGCUAUUACAGAAAAUAAUAAAUUGACGAUACAACCAUCACAACAACAACAACAACAACAACAGCAAGUGUCCAUAAGUUUGGAUGAUGUUAACCCAGUGGGGUUGGGAAGGAAGUCUCGGCAGAUAUUUGAUGAAGUGUGGAGGAAGUUCUCUGGGUUGGGACAGAUUUCCAGGACUACACGAGCUGAUGACAUGGAGGCUUUGGAUGCUCUCUUGAUACGAGAAGGCCCCAUGUGUGAGUUCACUACUCCUGGCGCUCAGAAUACUACUGUUCUUGUGGUUGGUGCCACCAGUCGUAUUGGCAGGAUCGUUGUGAGGAAGCUCAUGCUCAGAGGUUAUACUGUCAAGGCUUUGGUGAGGGAAGCAGAUGAGGAAGUGGUGGACAUGCUUCCCAGGUCAGUGGAGAUUGUAAUUGGAGAUGUUGGGGAUGCUUCUAGUCUUAUUGCUGCUGUGGAGAAUUGCAACAAAAUUAUUUAUUGUGCCACUGCUCGUUCUACCAUUACAGCUGAUCUUUACAGAGUUGAUCACCAAGGGGUUUUCAACCUUACUAAAGCAUUUCAGGACUACAAUCAUAAAUUAGCACAACUACGGGCAGGAAAGAGCAGCAAAAGCAAGCUUCUGCUUGCGAAGUUCAAAUCUGAAGAUUCAUUGACUGGCUGGGAAGUUCAUCACGGAACUUACUUCCAGGAUGUGGUUGCUUUUAAGUAUGAUGCAGGAAUGGAUGCUAAAUUUGAGUUCACUGAAGAUGGUCAGGCUGUUUUUUCAGGAUUUGUUUUCACCAGAGGAGGGUAUGUUGAGCUGUCAAGGAAACUUUCACUUCCUCUGGGUAGCACUCUUGACAGGUAUGAGGGUCUAGUUCUCUCUGUGGGUGGGAAUGGAAGAUCUUAUGUUUUAAUUCUUGAAGCCGGUCCUUCAGCAGAUACAACACAAAGCAAAUUGUAUUUUGCAAGAUUUAGCACAAAAGUAGGAUUUUGUAGGGUCAGAGUGCCAUUUUCAUCCUUUCGCCCUGUGAAACCAGAUGAUCCUCCAUUGGAUCCAUUCCUUGUACAUACAAUUACUGUACGAUUUGAGCCCAGAAGACAGAGACCCGUUGAAGGGCGGCCCUCUGGUGCAAGUCAAGACCUUCGAAGCUUUAAGCUUAUACUGGAGUAUAUAAAGGCCUUGCCUACUGGGCAAGAAACAGACUUUGUUUUAGUUUCUUGUACAGGAUUAGGAGUAGAACCAAGUAGACGAGAGCAGGUUCUCAAAGCCAAAAGGGCUGGGGAAGAUUCAUUGAGAAGAUCAGGUCUUGGCUAUACAAUCAUUCGCCCUGGUCCCCUGCAGGAGGAACCUGGUGGGCAGCGUGCUCUCAUAUUUGAUCAAGGAAACAGGAUCACUCAGGGCAUUGGCUGUGCCGAUGUGGCUGAUAUAUGUGUGAAGGCCUUGCACGACUCAACGGCAAGAAAUAAGAGCUUUGAUGUAUGUUAUGAAUACGUUGCCGAACAAGGGAGAGAAUUAUAUGAGCUGGUUGCACAUUUGCCCGACAAAGCAAACAAUUAUUUGACACCUGCACUAUCUGUGCUAGAGAAAAAUACUUGAUCCUCAAAUUAAUUAUCUGUUACCUGUUCCUCAGCCGAUGGUAUAUUGUAAAGCUUCCAACAGAGCAUAUCGUUCUAAUGUUUUUUUAAUUCUUGUUGCUUUCUUUCUGUUUCUUAUAGUUGAUUUUUUUAUUUCUACAAUGUAAGUGCAUUUGCCAAAGGGAAAUAUGUAUGUGUCUUGAAUUAAAGUGAUUUAAAGGAAAGAACUUGUGCACUGUCUCA